AUGAAAGAAGAAUGUUUUAUUGAUAUCCCAAUUCAAUACCAGUAUCCAAUUUUACCGACGGGAUGUGAAGUUACAUCAUUAUCAAUGUUGUUACAAUCAAUCGAAAUCAACAAUAAUGACAAUAAUGAUCAACCAUCAUCUUCACCAUUUACAAAAGAAUCAUUGGCAAAGAUUGUAUUCAAAGAAAGUGAUCCUCAUAUGGUAAACCAACAAUUGAUUGGAGGUAAUCCCUACAGAUCAUUUAUAGGUGAACCAACAUCAAAAGAAUCGUUUGGCAUGUUUCAUCAACCUUUGGCUCAACUAUUAGAUAAAAUGUUGGUAGAUUAUCUCGAUAGAAUAAAUGGACAAUACAAAGUUGUAGAUCUUACAAACAACACUCAUAAACAUCAUCUACAAGACAAUGAAUCAAAAUCAACCAUUGAAUCAAGAUUAAAUUAUUUUGAAGAAACAAAUGAUCAAGAUGACUCCGAUGUUGAUGUUUUAGAGGAAUUUCUAUCAAAUCAACAACAUGCAAUUGUUAUUUGGAUGACAUUGGAAUUGAGACAACCAAGAGUAACAGAUACAUGGCAAGAUGAGAAAAUAAUAACAAAUCAAAUUCAUUGGGUGUCACCUGAACAUUGUGCAUUAUUAGUAGGGUAUACAUCAAAACAUUAUAUAAUUAAUGAUCCACAUACAGGCAAAGUAGAACAUUAUGAUAAAGAAUUAUUUAAAAAAAGAUGGCGUCAAUUAGGUAGACAAGCAAUCUCUAUAAUAAAUAAAUAA